AUGGCGGAGCGAUCCCCACCUGAUUUCCCCAUCAACAAAAACCAAUCCCCUCCUUCUAUCCUUGCAAUUCCCGAAUACCUCCAAUUCCCACCUCCAACACUACCCCCGUCGACAUCCCGACAGUUGGUCAUCUCCCAACCCCAAAAUCCUUCCGUCGCCAUCUUCCGCUCAGGUACGUACGUUAUCCAAGUCCCCAAGGACCAAAUUUACCACGUGCCCCCGCCCGAAAACGCCUACAUUGUCGAACGCCACCAGGACCCGUCCCGCAAAAGAAAAAGGUCGUUAUUUUGCAACCUUUACUGCAUUGGCAUCUUGGCUUUCAUUGUCCUCCUUGUUGUCAUGUUCAUAACGAUUUUUUCUGUUAUGUUCGCCAAGUCCGAAAAUCCCAAAUUCAGUGUAGAACGUGUUGUUGUACAUAGCAAGAGUAAUGGACGGCUGGCCUACAGCUUGACAUUGAGGGUUCGAAAUCUGAAUUCGAGAGUGGCAAUUAUGUACAAUAGUGGUGGUACUAGCCUUCAUUUCAAGCAAAAAACAAUAGCUGAAGGAAAAUACCCAUCUUUUACGCAAGGGACGGGCAAAUCAAAAGAGGUUUCUAUCGUCGUCCACAGUGCAAACGUUAUUUUGCCUAAAGAGAUUAAGAAAAGCUUGGGAGUUAGUGAGAGCAACAGCAGCACGAAGAAAGUGCAGGUUAGUUUAUCCCUCAACAUGAACAUUUCGGCGAGGUUGAGAAUUGGGACGUUGAAAAGUAGAAGCGUGAAAUUUCAUGUGACGUGUGAUAUAACGGUGGAUAAAUUGUCGAAACGGACUAAAGUAUUGAAGCAGGAAUGCGAAACCCAGCGGAAGUAGCAAUCAACGUUGGUGUUGGUGUUGGUGUUGUUGUUGUAUGAUGAUUAGGAACAAGUUUGGAAGCCAUGUAGCCGUGGUAGUUGGUGCUAAUUCAAACUCAUUUGUACUGUAUAUUUUGUUCAUUAAUUAUACAUAUUUAUAUUUUGCCCUUAUGGAUCUAGAAUUUAUACCUAUUCGCCUUGUUUUUUUUUUUUUUUUUUUUUUUUUUUCCUUCCUCUGUCUUGCUCGAGUUAGUUCUAUUAGUUUUAAGUCUGCAGCUAAUGAAGGGAUCAAUGGAGAGUCUGUCAUGCAUGAUAUAGGUAUGUAGACCAAUUUUGCAAACUAUGUUUGCGAUUCAUGUGAUGUAUCACAAAUAGAAAAUUAUAAGUACAAUAUUCAAGACUCCUACAAAUAUAUUCCACAUUAGGACAAAAAAGGUUAGCAAAAUUUCACUCUAAGAUAUAUAUUCUAAGUAAGAUUUCCAAUGAAGUUAGGUCAAGAGUCCUUCAAAUAUAUAUGAAGCCUAAACGCACCAAUCAACAAACAAGCAUAUGACUCAUAUAUAAUCCAGUAUUUAACUUGUUUAUCAUUAUUCCAAUCAGUGGCGAAACCAUGAAUUGUCAAAAGAGGGUCAAAAUUUAAGAUGAGUUCAUCCGUACCCUAUUACUGGAUCAACAACUUGCACAUUUGAGGCAUGGAGAGACGAUUCAACAGUGAAAAUCCCACCUUCAUGACCUUGCCAUGCUUGAUAUGUUUCUUUACCUACAAUAAUAGAGUAAUUGUUCAGCAACAACCAAAAUCCACAUAAUUCAUUAGAAGAGCUUCCAACUGUAAAAGAUAUUUUUAGUAAAUAAGCAUCUUGUCUGGCUAGUCCAUUGUGAGACUUAGUCCACCUCCUUCCCUUAAUAUAGAUAAUAUCGUUUGCUCAAAAAAAAAAAAAAAAAAAAAAGCACACUCUCUACAGACUAUCAACCACAUUACACUGGUCAAUUCCAUUUGCUAAAUGGUAAGCGUGAGAAAAAGGC